AUGCUGGACGGGUUCACAAUCGCAACCAAGGGCGGAGUAGUUUUGUGGUCGCGCGACUACGCACCCAUUGAUGGGCAGCCAAUUGACUCUUUAGUGCAGGAAGUGCUAAUCCAGGGCACACGGGCCGACAGCAAGUACGUGGCUGGUCCCUACGGCCUCCACUGGACCUUCGCCAACGAGCUCAAUGUGAUAUUCAUUGCGGUCUACCAGAAGAUCCUGCAGCUGCCCUACAUCGACGACCUGCUGAAGCACGCUAAGCGGCACUUUGUGACACGGUUCAAGGAUGAGCUGCAGCAGCUCAUGGAUGGCGACGACGACGAGUUCCCUGAUUUCAGCAGCUUUGAGGAUGAGUUUGAGCAAGUACUGCAGGCAGUUGAGGAGCGCGAGUUCCGCGAGCGCAAGUCAAGGCAGCAUGCGCCGCGGCGGUUCGAAGAGACCAAGCGAUUCCAGGCCACAGCUGAGGGCGCCAAGCGCGAGCUCGACGAGAUGGUCAAGGCCGGCGAGGCUGCAGCCCUGGAGAGCAAGGGAAAGCGGCCGGGCAAGAUGCGCUCGUGGGCAGACAAGCAUGGCAGCGACAAGGAGGGUGGCAAGAAGGGCGGGAAAAAGAAGGGCAAGCAGAACCGGGUGUGGGAGGGCCAAGUGACCAAGGAGUCGAUGGAAGCGCUGGAUUACUCGGGCGACAAGACGCCGGAGCCCGCCCGUGAGAUCUCGUCGCUCGUCGACGAACGAUCUAUGGGCGCCCGCACCGCCGACGGCAUCUAUGAGGUUGCUGAUGUGGCCGAGCGGAAUGGCGGCGAUGACUCUGACGGAUUUGUGCUUCUUGAUGACGAAGAGCUCGACGAGUCCAGCGGCUCCUCAGCAGGUGGCCUGUUCGGCAUGUUCAAGAGCCUGACCAGCGGACGUGUGCUGACUGCCGAGACGCUGGCCGAGCCCAUGGCCCGCAUGCGCGAGCAUCUUGCCAACAAGAACGUAGCGGCCGACAUUGCAGCCGAGAUCUGCCGGUCAGUAGCCCAGGGCAUGGUGGGUGUGCGUGUGGGCGGGCUGCAGAGCAUCAAGGCGCUGGUGGAGGAGAACAUGGAGCGCGCGCUGACCCGCAUCCUGACGCCGAUUUCUUCGACGGACAUUAUCCGCGAUAUAGCGCAGGCGCGCACGCAGAACCGGCCGUACACAAUGGCCUUUGUGGGCGUCAACGGCGUCGGCAAGUCGACCAACCUGUCCAAGGUGUGCUACUGGCUGCUGCAGAACAACAAGCGCGUGCUGAUCGCCGCCUGCGACACAUUCCGGUCGGGCGCUGUGGAGCAGCUGCGCGUGCACGUGCGCAACCUGCGUGCGCUGUCGACCAACCAGGACGUCGAGAUCUUUGAGCGCGGCUACGGCAAGGACUCGGCCGCCAUCGCCAAGGACGCAAUUGCCUUUGGCGCAGCCAACAACUUCGACGUGGUGCUAAUCGACACUGCGGGCCGGAUGCAGGACAACGAGCCGCUGAUGCGAGCCCUGGCCAAGCUGGUCAGCGUCAACAGCCCCGACAAGAUUCUGUUUGUUGGCGAGGCCCUGGUGGGCAACGAGGCGGUUGACCAGCUGACAAAGUUCAACCAGGCGCUGCGCGAUUUCUCGGGCAUGUCGAAGCCGCGCCAUAUCGACGGCAUGAUCUUGACAAAGUUCGACACGAUCGACGAUCGCGUCGGUGCGGCGCUGUCCAUGACAUACACUACAGGCCAGCCCAUUGUGUUUGUUGGCACGGGCCAGACGUACACCGACCUGCGCAAGAUGAAUGUGUCGCAAGUGAUCCGCGCGCUGCUGCGCGCAUAA